ACGCCUUCAGCUGCUGCCGAUAUUUCGGCUCGUUGAUAACGAAUUUACCCACACAACACAAUCAGUAGAAACACUCACUCUUAUUUUCUGCUAAAUCCCACAGCGACAGCUUAUCCAAGUACGAAAUGAGUGCCGGCACUCAAUCACAAGGGCCACGACCCGUUCGCACUACCGCUUCUGCCCCCCAAACCCCAUAUUUAGGGCGACUCUUCUUUCAUGUCGGCACAGCAGCUGUCAUGGCCAGCGGAUUUCACGCUAUGCGGAGCGCGACGACUUUUGGCGACUUUAUUGAGCCUCAGUAUGGAGGCUUCUAUCAAUUCUUGACUAUCCUUGGUCUCAUUUGCUCUAGCAUCGCCAUGCUCUUCUCAGGAGCAUCCGAUUUAUUGCCCAAUAUCGCAUUAAUCAAAUUGAUCAAGAGAGUGUUCCUGCUUGUAUCUUUACCAGUGGAACUUGUCAUCUCGUCCAUCUACUGGUCAAUCAUUCUCACUGCUCCUCACCUUAUGCUUCCGCCUACCUCUCCAGAUGCAGUUCAAGGUGAACCCUCUUCAUCAGGCACUGGACCGAGCCUCUUCCGAAUCCCGCUGUGGAUGGAUCUCAGCAUGCACUUGGUGCCGGCCGUUGCUCUUCUUAUUGACUUUUUCCUUCUUGAAAAAAAGUACCCCAAACCAUUUUCUACCUACGUCGCCCUUUUCCUUGCGGCCGCUUUCGGUACAUCAUACGGUAUCUGGGUCGAACACUGUGCCAGCAUCAACGGUGUUUUCCCAUACCCAUUUUUGACGAUUAUGGAAUUGAAGGGUCGUGUCCUGACCUAUAUUGGGGCGACGUUGGGAGCGUGGGGGGUAUUCAGGGGAUUGAACGGCAUGCACAAGUGAUGGGAGAUAGGGCAAGGGCAAUGCAGAGGGUGCUACGAUAGACGUAUACGGUUUAGAGGCGUUAUGAAAUCGUGAUGAACAAGUUCAGAUGGG